ACAAACGCAAUGCUAACGAUGCCAAAUGUUGUGUUUUCAGGAGAACGAGGAGAACGGCGAGCCCGACGUAGAUGAUGAGGAAGACGAGGAAGUGGAUGAGGAAGACGAGGAGGACGACGGAGAAGGUGACGAGGAGGACGAGGAGGAAGAUGACGACGAGAUCGAGGGCGGCACGAAACGGGCAGCUGAGGACGACGACGAGGACGACGAGGAUGACGUCGAAACCAAGAAGCAGAAAACCGACGACGAUGAUUGAUGCGUUUCCGCGGCGCCAUCCUGCUGAUCCACUUCCUGGUUCUCCACCUGCGACGGUUUUUGAAGUCUCAGGUGGAGGAUCUGGAGGACUGAAUUAAGAAAAAAUAAUUUAAAAAAAAAACAAAAAAAAAAAACAAACCCAACAUGGUCAUUAGCAAGUAGAGUUCAACAACAGCUACGACAUCACCACGACCA